AUGGCAACAGGUGGUGAAGAUGAAUACUUUGCUCAACGUGUUCUUCGUUUGACUGACAUUGCACAAGAACCUAUGGAUGUUCUUAUGCCCAUCAGCGGUUACGAGAAGAUGCCUAUUGUUUCACUUGAAGAAGCAGUUGAACCACUCGUAUCUAUACUACCAACAGUGAAAAGUUACGCACGUGCGGCCAAAAAGAAAUGUAAGAAGCCGGCUGACAAUUUAACGCAAGAUGAGUCAGCUUCGAUCAUGCUCUAUUCAAUGGGAUGGGAGCCAUUGAAUGAAUGCCUUUAUUGCGCUUUGAAUGCUACUCUACGGUCAAAAAAUCGAUCAAAUCUUAAAUCAUGGUUUCUUUUUCUUCGCCUUUUUCUUGGAGCAUUAUUUCGCCUUCCACCGAUUCCUCACCUAACUGUAUUUCGAGGCAUCAAAUUGGAUUUGAGCAAACAAUUUGAAGAAGACGAAACAUUCAUAUGGUGGGGCUUUUCUUCCUGUACAACUUCCAUCAAAGUUCUUCAAUCAGAACAAUUCUUAGGCAUGGAAGGUACAAGAACAAUGUUUACUAUUCAUUGCAAUUCAGCUAGAGAUAUUCGAAAACACUCGUAUUUCCCAUCUGAAGACGAAGUACUAUUGCUUGCUGCUACUGAGUUUCAAGUGAAAGGUAUUCUCAAUCAAGGUCACGGUCUUCGAAUUAUACAUCUGCAAGAAGUUCACUCCGAUGAACCAAUGCUCAUCCCAGUAGCAUGUACAAAUGACUCUGUUGAUUUAUCUGCUGGAAAACUGAAAGAUUUGAAAGUGAAAGAUGAUAUUACUGAAUCAAAGAUAAUACCAAAGCAAGCAGCCACAACAGCAUCAGCGUCGAGCCCAAACCCGAAAGUCGGUGCAUCUGGUAAGAUUGUUUCACAGCGUGAAGAUAUACCAAAUACUAAAUUAACAACGGAUAAUAUCGAGUUAACAAAAUCACGAGGUCCAAGUGUUUCAAAGAAGCAUCAAGAACAACAAUUUACGUCUGUUAAUCAGCAUACAAAUGAAACAAGAAUAAAAUCUCCAAAUAUUUCUUCUCAGGAUACAAAUCAACUUCAUAAUCAUAAACAAAUUAAUGAAGAACAACCAUCAUUUAAUGAUCAUUCACAUUCAUCUGUUCAUCUUAAUCAACCUAGUAAUGAUGGACCUACCACUGAGAAUUCACAUUUAUCAACAUUGCUAAAUAAUCAAAAUCAAUUGAAUUCAAAUGAUCCGGAUUCAGAUGAUGAAUUUUUAAGUAAUUCUCAACAACAAUUAACAGAUUCAACACAUGGUGGUCGAAAACGAAAGGAAAAAAAACCUAUCGUCGAUGAAUUACAUCCUGAUCAUAAAAUCCCUACAGCAUCUGAAACUGAUAAAUCUGAUACUGAUCAUCCAUCAUGUCAAUUUCGUGCAGAUAAGAAAUGGCUUGACCCACAAUUUCAUGAAAACGGAACAAUUAAAACACCUGAAGAACUCGAAAAAGAUAUGGAAGAUCCACCAGGAAAAAUCGAUGAAGAAAUAUUAAAUCGUAUUCAAGGUUCCAUAAUUGGUAUGGCAUUAGGUGAUGCACUUGGUGCACAUGUAGAAUUUCGACCACAUGAAUACAUGCUUAAGUAUCCAGUUACAGAUCUUGGCGAAGGAGGAACUUGGGGUCUUAAAAAAGGACAGUUCACUGAUGAUACUUCGAUGGCUCUAUGUUUAGCUAAUUCGUUACUAGCUCGUAAAGAUUUCGUUCCUUAUGAUCAAAUGGUUCGAUAUAAAUGGUGGCACCAAUUAGGAUAUAUGUCAUCGACUGGGAAAUGUUUUGACAUUGGCGCUGCUACCAGUCAAUCUAUAUACGAAUUUGAAGAGCGUCAAAAACGUUUUGGACAAGAUAAUAAACUUUCUGAUAAAUUAAUAGAUAAACUUUCAGAUAGUAAAUAUCUUGAUGAAUUUAAUGUAUAUUGUAGUGAAGAUGAAGUUGCUGGUAAUGGUGCUUUAAUGCGUCUCACACCUGUGCCUUUAUUCUUCUAUCGAAAUAAAUACGUUGCUAUCGAAUUCUCCGGUCGAAGUGGAGAAAUUACUCAUGGUGAUGCAAAAGCUAGAGAUGCAUGCAGAUACUAUGGUGCAUUAAUCGUUGCUGCUCUUCGUGGAUAUACAAAAAAACAAAUACUUGCUAGAAACUUUUAUUCAGCUCAUAGACAUUGGUUUGGUGAAGAACCAUUACAUGAAGAGAUUCAAAAAAUAGCUGAAGGAUCAUUUAAAAAAGCAGGUGGCUAUAACGAUGGUAUUCAAGGUAAAGGUUAUAUUGUUAAAGCACUUGAAGCUGCUUUAUGGGCUUUUUGGUCUGAUAAAGACUCGUUUGAAAAAGGUGCUCUUGCUGCCGUUAAUCUUGGUGAUGAUACUGAUACAACAGCUGCUAUUUAUGGUCAGUUAGCUGGUGCUUACUAUGGAUAUAAGAAAUUACCGGAACACUGGCUUCAACAUGUUUAUGCUCAUGAAUUUAUGAAAACAUUAAGUAAAUGGAUUGUAUACGAAGGAGAACAAUGGGAACGUAAAAAUCAUUAA